AUGGAAUCGCCAUUUCCUCCCUCAUCCUCAUCUCCUGGCGAUGGCCGCAUCGUCGUUGGCCUGCUCCCCGCAGGUGAAAGCGGUCUUGAAGCUAUGACCUACCAGUAUCCCCUAAAGCUGAUAUCACCGGCUCCUUCGUCAAACCAGCCAAGUACGCUGGUGUUCCUGUUGUCUUAUGGCGGCGGUCUUGUUGCUGGAGAUGGUAUAAAUCUGACCGUCCACGUCAAGCCGGAGGCGAAACUCAGCAUCGCUACCCAAGGCCACACAAAGAUCUUCAAGUCACCUACAGCAGACGUCAUUACAAGUCAAAACUUGGAGGUUACUAUAGACAACAACGCUUCAAUGUGCCUUCUGCCAGACCCCGUUCAGCCAUUUGAAGAUAGCGUAUAUGCCCAGAAGCAAAUAUUCAAGCUCCAACAGCAAGCAUCUCUCUGUCUUUUGGACUGGGUUACUCAAGGACGCGUGUCCCGUGGUGAGAACUGGAGCUUUAGGAAAUGGUCAGGACGUAACGAAAUAUGGUUACAAGAUCCUGAGAUGACUUCUGCCGACAGACUCCUUGUCCGAGACUCCAUCGUCCUGUCCAGGGAAGCAAGCAAAUCCGUUGGCCGAACGCUUCCAGAAAUGAUGCAGCAUAUGGCGAUAACAGGAACCCUCAUUCUGCGGGGGACUAAAACAAAAUCGUUGGGAGAGUUCUUCCAAACUGAGUUUGCUGCCCUUCCCCGCAUUGGUGCCCGAGAUUUUCGAUCGCCAGAAGCAAUGGCACAGGACAAAACAAAUACUUCGGACCUCGACCGUUGGCGGUUGCAGAGAUUGGACAAUGAGAAGGAGGGUGGUGUUCUCUGGUCUGCAGCCAACGUUCGAGGUUGUGUGGUUGUUAAAUUCGGGGCAAAAACUGUAGAAGCAGGAAGAGAAUGGAUUGGGUCAAUGCUCGUUCAAGAGGGGAGCAUUGCUUCAGAGUUUGGAGACAAAGCGUUGAUGUGUCUUCGAUGA